UAAUGUAAGGUUUGUUCCAAUAAUUAUGACCUCGUUAUAACAUACAUAAUUUAAUUUCAAAUUUACGUCAACAUACUGUCUAUGGAUACUGUCCUUAAAAUCUCAAACAUCAAUCAAAUGGUUAUAAUAUGGGUAUAACAAAAUUUUCCUAGUAUUCAUUAUUUAACAUGUAAUUCUUUCCGCGUUCUUCGCAUCAGUUUAAAAUAACAUACCUCGAUCAUGUUAAUAAUCUACUACACCUAAUAGUUUUAUAUCGUUUCGCCUCUCGUCAAGAUGGAUCUUUAAUAGGAUUUCCUUGUGCUGUCCGGUAAACUUAGGCAUGUGGAUUCACAUGCUAUCAGUAUCCGGACGCACGACUAAUAUGAUAUUUGUCUGCCUUUGAAUAACUUCCUAGUGUAAAAGUCCAAAGAAUCAGAAACAAUGCAACAAAUAAAUUUCGAUGACCAAAAAAUAGCAAGUAUCGUCAAGGUAGCUGACAGGAAUGUACAGGCAAUCAUGAAGCUUAGUGAAUGCUGUAUUUGGGAUGGUACUGAUUAUAACACUUGUCAAGACAUAGAUCGACAUGGCCUCUACCCGCGUCCCGACGAAUGUGGCUACAAUGCGUCACAAGUAUCUACAGGGAAUACAGCUCAUCAGCAACGUGGAGACUUAUAUCCCAGUCCAGAACAUUACAGGAACAUUUCAAAGGUCGCACUAGGCCUUAUAACCGAAUUGCAACCAGAAAAAUCUCAACUUAAAAUAGAUCCGCAAAGUAAGCAAACCCCAAAGCACAUUGUUACGAAAUAUUUACAGACAGUCAAACGUUUUACAUCAAGUCUCAAAAAAACGGCAGCUAAAAUAAGUUUCUUAAAAUGCACACAAAGAGAAAUAAACAAGCAAACUGUAUCAAGUAUAAUGCCAGUUUCUAUAAGGGAAUGUCUUUUCAUAAGCAAGAAAAAUAAAACAAGCAAUAAUUCAAAUUUGCAUUCACCGAUAAGGAAUUCCGUUAGACUUCAUCGUAGCAGAAUUUCUGGCCAUAUAUCUGGGAAAAGUACAGCCAUUGAUAUGCUUUUAAAACUAAAGCUUUCCUUUAAGUCAUUUAUUACCGGUUUUAUUGUGAAAUCUCAAAUUUCGAACAAAUUAAAAAGAUGUAAUCAUAUGUAUUACGAACGACAGCCAGUUAUUUUCAAUUAUAUUUUUCCUUAUCGAUGCAGUUCAUCUGAGAGUAUAGAAGAAAAUGAUGAACAAUCGGAAAAUUCUUAUGAGUUGAAUGAUAGUUCAACAAUAAUUUUAACAUCCGAUUCUUCUACUGAAUUUUUCAGUGAACAAGAUACUCAACACCAAGCGCAAAUACGAAUUGGUAUCCCAAUUGUCAAUGAUGAACCUUGUGUAAGAAAUAUACCUACGUAUAAUAACUAUAAUACGUACAGAUCAGAUGACGUUUUAAUCCGUCAUUUAAACCUAGAUAAUAAAAUGAAUAGUACAUUACGACGAGUUACACUUAAAAGACAUCAUAAACGUAUUACAAGUAAAUCAUACAGACAGAGUUUUAACAAAAAGUACCAGACAUAUUUCGCUGAAAUUAGUUAUAUAAACCAGGUAUUGGAUCUAUCCCCACAAUGUCGUCAAGGAGUUGGCAUUGGGUCAACCUGGGACGUUAAUAUUGAUUUUGGAAGAAACACGACUCAAGACUUAUCUGCACAUGGUGGUGUAACGCCUAAUCUCGGUCAAAUAGACGGCGUUAAAACCGGAGCUGAUCUCACAUUGCCCCAAUAUCAAUGUCCACCUGGUGUCUGCAUAGCAAGUAAAUGUAAUCCAAAAAAAUGCUAUAAACGAUUAAAAAAAUGUACCCCUUACGGCAGUCAUGCUUCAUCUCAAGCGAAAAAGCAUAAAUUUCGUAACCAAAAGACUUUAAGAAAGAGAUCAAAUGGGAAACGUGUUAAUGAUCAUAUAUCGCUAUCAUCUCGGGGACAGCCUCAUCGCCAUAAAAUUCGUAUAGGAUCAAAAACUAAUUUUAACAUACAGUUCUAUAAAGAAUCUCCUCUAGGGGCGCGUUCUAUCAAUCGAGCACCAGAAAGAGACAGUGGUAAUAAAAAACGUAAAAGAGCAAGGCCAAAGCAUAAGGCGUUAAAAACAUUUGAAUGUCCCCCCGGUAUCUGCGAUCCUACAAAUUGUAAGACAGGAGAUUGCUACCAACGUCUUAAAGCCGCAAAUAUCGGUAUCAUUACUGACCCCUGUAUAUUAAGCAGUUCACACGGCGGCAGCCAAGUUGGCACUCAGUCUAGAAAAAUUAAAGGACGUCACCAAAGAGCAGGAAGAGAAACGUUUUAUAAGGAGGAGGGCACACUAUGUAUGCCUAGGCCUAAAAUGCAAUUAAACAUGCCUAAUCGGCAAGCAGUUCGUAUUGGUUCUAAGUGUAGUUUCAACAUUGAGUUUUACAGAAGCAUGCCCCGAAACGAUUUUGCGACGAAUGAAUAUAACCAAGGUGUAUUACCUUGUGGUCAGGAAAAGACGGGCUCUAAAAAAAAAUGCAAGUCUAUCAAAAAGUAUCAAUGUGAACCCGGUGUAUGUGUUCCUGGUCAAUGUAACGCAAACACAUGUUUUCAACAAUUAAAGUCUCUACACAGUCAAACCUCUCUUACUUGUAGUUCAAAAGGGACAUCUCAGGGAAGCCAAGCUUCAACUAAGAAAAAAAGGCUAGAAAUGGAGAACGCAACUUUCUAUAAAGAUAAGGGUUCAUCAUGUAUGCCAAGGCCGAAGACGUCACUUCACAUGCCAAAUCGGCAAGCAGUUCGAAUCGGAUCGAAGUGUAGUUUUAACAUUGAGUUUUACAGAAGCAUGCCGCAAAAUAGAUACAUGAUGAAUGGGCAUGACCAGGAUGAUAGUGGAAUAAGACGUAAGCCAAGGUUUCAAUGUGAGCCUGGUACAUGUAUUCCUGGUAAAUGUAAUACAAAUGACUGUUUCCAGAUAUUGAAAGCUAAACACAAAACUUCUGGUGUAGAUAGUUCUCUAACAGGUAGUAUGUCGCAAGGUAGCCAAGCAUCCAAUAACACCCGAAAAAAAAGACAAGCGCUUAAAGCAGAGAAUGCUACUUUCUACAAAGACAAGGGAUCGUCAAGCAUACCAAGGCCUAGGACAUCACUGCACUUACCCAAUCGGCAAGCAGUUCGGAUUGGAUCAAAGUGCAGUUUUAACAUUGAGUUUUACAGGAGCAUGCCGUAUAACAGAUUUGGGAUGAAUGAAUGUAAUCAGGGUGAUAGUGGAAAAAUACACAAGCCAAUUUUCCAAUGUGAGCCUGGUGCAUGUAUUCCUGGUAAAUGUAAUACAAAUGACUGUUUUCAAAUAUUGAAAGCUAAACACAAUACUUCUGGUGUCGAUAGUUAUCUAACAGGUAGUACGUCGCAAGGUAGCCAAGCAUCCACUAACACACGAAAAAAAAGACAAGCGCUUAAAGCAGAGAAAGCAACUUUCUACAAAGACAAGGGAUUGUCAAGCAUGCCAAGACCUAACAUAACACCGCACCUACCCAAUCGGCAAGCAGUUCGGAUUGGAUCAAAGUGCAGUUUUAACAUUGAGUUUUACAGGAGCAUGCCAUACAACGGAUUUGGGAUGAAUGAAUAUAAUCAGGGUGACAGUGGACAAAUACACAAGCCGAGAUUGCAAUGUGAACCUGGAGUAUGUAUUCCUGGGAAAUGUAAUGCAAAUGAUUGUUUUUUAACAUUAAAAGCUAAAACAAGAUUAUCUGGUAGCUCACUUGGAAGUUCAAAUGUUACGUCACAGAGCAGCCAAGCAGCCUCUAAAUGUCGCACAAAGAAAAAUCGACAGUUACAGCCUGAAAAAGCAAUUUACUGCAGAGAUAAAGGUGUAUCUAGUAAGGCUAUUCCUAAACAUCCGUGUAAACCUCAUCGGCAAGCAGUUCGCAUUGCAUCCAAGUGCAGUUUCAAUAUUGAAUUUUACAGAAGCAUGCCCCAAAACGAUUUUAUGACACGUGGUCCGACUGGCAAUUUUUUACCAAACAGUUACCACAAGGGUGAUACUUAUUCGCCACCUCCACAUCAGACAGGCACUGGAAAUAAAAUAAUAUCCAGAAACAAAGAUGAAUGCGAACCCGGUAUUUGUACACCCGGUAAAUGCAAUGCAAUUGAAUGCUUAAAAUUAUCGCCAAACAAAUUUGUAUGCAAACCUAAAACUUGUGUUCCUGGUAAAUGUGUUCCGCGUGAUUGCUACAAAAGAUUAAAGUCUACUCCUACUACUGAAAUUACUACUGACCCAUCAUAUACUGGCAGUUCAAUCGGUAGCAAUCCAGUUUCCACUCAGUCACGCAAAUUAAAAGGACGACAGCUAAGAGCAGGGAAAGAAAAAAUCUUCAAAGAAAAGGGUAUGUCGAGUAUUCCACGGCAUAAGCAAACACUGCAUUUACCAAAUAGGCAAGCAGUACGCAUUGGUUCAAAUUGUAGUUUUAACAUUGAAUUUUACAAAGCCAUGCCUCAUAACUCUCAUAAGAGCCCUGUGAUGAGUGGUGGUCAAAGUUAUGAACCGGUAGUAAACUUACCGAAUAAUUUAUACACAGGUCCAAAUCAAAAACAAAUAAGGGGUUAUCAGUACAGUGAACAAUAUAACCAGGGUGAUAUACCUGAACAGUUCAAGGCGGCCAUCGAAAGAAAACGCCGAACAUCAAACAUGUUUCAAUGUCACCCCGGUGUCUGUAUUCCUGGAAAAUGUGACUCCAGGGAAUGCUAUCAACGAAUAAGAACUACAAACAUUAUGCCCGGUACUGAGGGCUCUUUUACUGAUAGUUCAUACGCCACAUCGCGAGGCAGCCAAUUCUCCACAAAAAAGCGUAAGAACAAAAGACCAGAACUUAGUGCAGGUAAUGCAACUUUCUAUAGAGACAGAGGUGCAUCAAGUAUGACAAAUUCCAAAACACCAAUGCAUAAGUUGAAUCGUCAAGCGGUUCGCAUUGGGUCCAUGUGUAGUUUUAACAUCGACUUUUAUAAAAACUUGCCCCAAGGGCCCGGAAAAGACAUGCCUCAUUUCAAACAACCAUAUGCCGAUAACAUUCAAAGUAGACAGUACCCGGAACAAUAUUAUCCAUCAAGUACUGAAACUGAUGGAGAUCAGUCGGUCAGUGCUGUUCAACAAAUAGCUGACACAGGAAAAAAGGUCAAGACAAAAAAGAAAAAAUAUAUUAAAGGACAAUAUAAGCAAGGUGAUGGAACAGUACAACAAAGAAGGCAAUCUCCAGCACCGGACCAACAAGACAAGACCGGGAGACAGGAUAGGAUCAAGAGACAGGACAGGACCAAAAAACAGGACAAGACCAAGGGACAGGACAGGACCAAAAGACAGGACAGGACCAAAAGACAGGACAGGACUAAGGGACAGGACAGGACCCAGAAACAGGACAAUGACCAAGGUGAUACAAAAGUAGAAAAGAAAAAAAAAUCCUCAAAACAGUUUGACCUGCCACCACCGCCAACCGCUCACGAAACCACGGUAAAAAGGAAGGGAACGAAAGGAAAAACUAUGCAAACUAAAAAAGCUUUGCCCAAAACAAUCAAUAGUCUAAAGCAAAAUGAACAAGGUGAUACAAUUACAGAAGUUACGCCGAAAACUGAAAAAAAGCUUAAAAAAGCUAAAGAAAAGACUACACAAAAACGAAAAUCUCCCAUAUUACAAGACCAAGGUGAUACAACUGUCCAACGUGAUGCAGGGACUGACAUAAAAACAAAGGGUUCGAAAGAAAAAACAAAACGCAUAAGACAAUUAGUUAGCAUUGGCCGUAUUAGCGAUCAAGGUGAUAAAGGUUUUGAGUAUGAACUUGGCGUGUGUAUUCCAAAUAAGUGUGACCCAUAUUUAUGCUUUGAAAGAUUGAGGAACAAAGAUGAAGGCACUACCACGGACGCAUCCUUAACUGCUUCCUCAAAGCACCUUAAAGCCACACCUUCAAGCAGCGGUGUGUCUAAGUCGACGAGCGUUAACUUGGACAAAGGAGAGGAAGCAGAACGACUUAAACAAGCAAGAACACUGCCUGUGUAUAAAAAUAAGGGUACAUCCAAAAUUACAAUUGAUAAAAAUAAGGAUAAUAUCGAUAUGAUUCAGCCUAUUGCGACACUCCAAAGUCCAGGCCAAAAUAAAAAUAUUAGAAAUGUAGUUCGAAUUGGAUCAAGCUGUAGUUUUAAUAUUCAGCUUUACAAAGAAAAGCCCCUAACUCCCUCUGAAAUGAACGCCAUACGGUCAGCUACUAUUUCAUCACAAGAUUUGAGAGAAAAAGAAGUGAAGGAAGAAAGAAAGAGUUUUAUAUCAUCAUUGAAAAAAUGUUGCUGUAAAUUAAUAGGACCUCCUAGACAAACUACAACUAGCAGCCAGGGUACAAUUGCAAGACGGAGCCAGACAAAACCAGGGCUUGAAUGCGUUCCCGGUCUCUGUAAUUUUGACAAAUGUUAUCGUAACGAUUGCCCAGCAAAAACGAUACUUGUAGAUACGGGUAUCGGUACCCAACUGGGUCCGAAGUGUGCCGUGCCAUGUUGCAGCGCCAACGCCGCUACUCAAUCACGCAGGUAAAUCUCAUCAUGUGACGAACCUUUCUGUUGAUCCGAGCGCAUUUGUAGCAUGCAUAUAUCCCAGGAUGGACCCACCUUAAGCCGGAGUAUUUACUGUGCAUCUUUAAGUGCCCCAAAAAGUAAACAUUUGGUCAAUGAUAAUUCCAUACAAUUUAACAAUUGUUGGAAUCAGUUUAAUCAAACGAAACGAUACCGUAAAAAUGCCAAAUCAGUACUCGUGCCACACUUUUCUAGUAGCACUUUAUCUCUAUGUUCAAAUCAAAACAAGAUAUGUAAGCCCAACAUUGCGACGGAGAGCACUUACUGUGAUCGAGAAAAUUGUAUCCAUGGAUACAAGCGGCCUUGCAUCAAAAAUAUCGGAUCUUAUAAAUGUCAGAGAAAAGAAUGUAUGUGUAUAAAAGAUUUUCAAUUAUAUUACGUAUUCGAUAAACCUUUUUAUCGCCAAAAGGAAACCCCAAUUGCCCAAGAAAGCGUAUAUAAGUGUACAGCUCUUUGUCAGGUUGAUCCUUUGAAAGGUUUGAAAGAUGAAAAUAAAGCUUUGAAACAACUAGUUAAUUUGUUCACAGAAUCAGUUGAGUGCAAAUGUAUCGCAAAUAAAUUAAAACACUUAAUUCCUCAUUCAUAUGAACCCACACCCCAAUGUGCAUGUGCUGAAGCAGAAACUCGUGCCGUUCAGUGCAAAUGCAAAUGUGUUGCAAAUAAACUGAAAAGAUUCAUUCCUCACUCAAAUGAACUUAAGCCCCAGUGUGCAUGUGCUGAAGCAGAAACUCAAGGACGUAAUAAGUAUGGAGGGCGAGUGCAAAGAGCCGGCCGAGAAUCUUUCUACAGAGAUAGAGGAAUAUCAGCUGUUUGCAAAUGUCCCAAAGCGGAGAGUGCAGAAAGGGAGUUUUUUACAACAAUUAUUUCCGGUUUCAAUGAACCUCAGGAAAAUAUAGCCCAAACUGGCCAAAAAUGUGUUAAGUCAUCAACUCGUUGUCAAGCUGAUAGUAUGAAAAACGAACAAGAGUCUUUGAAACGCCUUUUUCUCAGACUAAUAAAAGCACCUACAACUUCAGUUACCUGUGUCGAAGCAAAGACUCAGUCUCCUUGCUAUGAAGGGAGCUAUCAAAGAGCCGGUAGAGAAUCAUUUUGUAGGGAAAUAGGCACAUCAGGAACCCCAAAUCAAAAAAUGUAUUCCGAAAUAGAAGAAAAUCCUACAGAAGAAGUAAAUUAUGAACCCAACGAAGAUGCCUUUUACGAUAACUAUAAACCAGUAACGGUAGACCGACGUAUUGGUUGUAAUGGUAGACAAAUCACGAAAUGUUCAAAAGAUGUACCCCAAUGUACGCGGAAGUUAGCUCAAACGUCUACCAAUUGUCACUUAGAUGACAAAAAUAAGGAAAAGAGUGUUUUUACAGUAUUUUGUAAUAUGAUGUUACAACCUACGAAUUUAUUCCCUGUAUCAAAAAAAUGUUGCAAAAACAGAGGUACAAUUUGUCAGGUAGAUGAUAAUGAAGGUGGCGUUAUUAAAAAGUUUUGUGAAUUAAUAGAACCAAAAAAUAUUACUCACACAGCUUCCCCAGGUCGUAAAAGUAGAGGUGCACUUUGUAAUGUAGAUGGCGAUCGUGAUGAAGAUAGUGCUAUCAAAAAGCUUUAUCAGGUGCUCUUAGAUCCUAAAGGCUAUAAAAAUAAAGUAAAAUCACGUAUUAUCGGUGCCGAAGUGACAACUCAGUCUCGAAGUUAUGGAGGACGCCAACAAAGAGCAGGAAGAGAAAUAUUUUGUAAAAAUAGAGGAACGUCCGGAGCUCCUAAGAUUAGACAUCCCAAUGUAGAAAAGGAAGAAUAUGAGGAAAUUAUUGAAGAGUUACCUACCUGUUUGGAAAUUCAACCUGAUACUAAUAGAGAAGUUGGGAUUGGUACAAACUGCAAGAUUAGUUUAGGUUGGUACAAAGAUCGUCAUGCCUACGGUGAGCCAAAACCUCAAUGUGAUUUACAAGGGGCAAUAGAACAAUGGAAUGAGGUUCCACUAAGACAAACAGGUACAAAAAUUGGGGCUUCUUUAAAGGCUGACUCACGUUUCAAUUUCUAUAAUACUAAUGCAGCAACUCAGUCACGCAGGUGUAGAAGCCGACACUUAAGAGCAGGGAGAGAAACAUUUUAUAAAGAUGCACAAACAUCGUGUGUUUCGAAGAAUAAUAAAAACAAAGUGGAAGGAAAUUAUAAUGCUUUUAAUCAACCAGUGCAAUGUCCAGCUUCUGACCGGAAAGCAAUUCGUUUUGGUUCAGAUUGUAGCUUUAGUUUUGAAAUUUCCAAAGAUAGAAAUACUGAAAGUCCGGAUAAGUUAAAACCAUGCGGUGAUAAAAUAGACGGAAACCAAAAUAAAAAUCCAUUUUACUCCAAAUUAAUUGGACAAUGGCGGUCAUCACAAGGGAACGAACAAAAGGCCGGCAAACCUGAUAAAAGAGAUACUUGUACCUGUACCGAUGUUUGCGACGAUGAAUGUCAAUGUCAAAAUCUUCCAAAAGCAUCUGAACGUCGACCGUUACAUAUUGGAUCUAAAGUUAGUUAUGAUUUCAAUUUUUCCAAAAGUAUAUCUCCCCCUAAGGCUACGAGCCUGGUGGCUCAAGAGCCUUGCAUAAAAUCAAGUAGGCAAGAACGAACAACGAAAUGCGAUGCGGCAAUAUCAGCAGAAUGUGUACCUGAUAGUAACAACUACGACAGUCUAAACACGUCGAGUCGAGUUACUAAACGAGUCGACUUUCCAAAUCCAAUACUUACCAAACUUGACAAUAAUAAAACAGCAAAGGAAUGCUUUUUAGAAUUAGUGUCAAAAAAGAACUUCUUGAGGUUAAUCAAAGGAGACCAAAGUCCAGAAAGAGAAAAAUUAAAAGAAAAAGAAGUAUCAGGAUCGCUAAAGAUGCCUAAGAUCGAGAUUCCUCAGAUUGUGUGUCCAGCGAAAUGCAACAGAAAAUGUGAACCGGUGGAAAAACCCGAUCAGCCGUUUCGCGUGGAAUCGAGUUUUAGUUUUGAUUAUAAUAUGCGUAAUGUUAAGCCUAAACAUGACAAAAUUACCUACGAGGAAAGUUUUCCUCGAAUUGAAGAGUUCUCGGGUUCCGUGACGAAACUAAAUUUAUUCAGAUUGAUUAUAGGAAAAGUAAGAAAACGAAUUAAGCCCUUAGUAACAACUGCAUGCGAUCCAGUUGAAUGUCGAUUACGAAAAGAACGACACAGCUCUUGGUUCACUUACAUUCUAGAUAGCAUUAAACAGGCAAGACAAAUAAGCCAGAUUAAGAAAGAAGAUGAAGAAUCCAAAAACUUUUUCUCCGACCUCCUGUUAAAACCAAGCUCCUGUUUAAAUGAAUUCGACAAUAAUUUAAGAAAAUUAAGAAGGGAUAGUCGUUAUUUAUAUCUCAUGUCCAACCUUAGAGAACAGUUGAAAGAGACCGUCAGGCCUCCGGUUAAAAAAUCAACUAACAGUUUCAUUUCACAAAUGCUAGCUAGGAGUAACGAUCAUUCUAGAAGACGAAGAAGAAGACGGCGAGGAAGAGGUAAAAUAAUUCCUAAAUGGUAUGAAGAAGAUAUUGAUACCCUCAGCAGUUCUAUUCUGCCGUCAUCUCAAAAGUCACGUACUUCAGAUGAAGAUUGUAAACCUUGUCAAAUUGCGUCAGACUGCUGCUUCAAUUGCGAUUACAAGAAAUUAAAUAAUAGUGACAUUAGUGACAAUGAAACACAAUCUUCUAAAUCAACAAUAAAUACUGAAAAGUAUGCAACGACUUGACUUUUAUAAAAAAUAAUACUAAUGCAACAUGCCCCAAAAUCUGUUAAACGUAACCUCCAUGCCUUCAAUAUUAAAUCAAAUAUAUGUACUAAAUUGAACAAUGUAGUAAAUAAAGUAUUUUUUUAAAGCUUCAACGGCACAAUAAUACUAAAACAUAGUAAAGUUAAAAAAGUAAUAAAAGGAAAAGUUGGUAAUUAAUAAUUAUAUUAAUCUGAGCAGAUAUAAUGAACAGUAAAGGGAAAUCUUAAACUGUUUUCUAAUUUCAUAAAUUUCUAAACUUCAUUUCAAUUUCUACUUGUUACCGCUUAAUGCGUACGUUGACGGAAUCAAUACCUAAUACGUGAUUCUAGGAAUUUUAGGAACUUUUGCAUUCAAACGUAUCAAUUAUGUUAUGUCAUAUCUAUAUAUUUAUCUAUGAUGUUUAUUGUAAAUGUAUACCGUGAUCUGUUUUGAAAUAAAGUUGUGUAUUGUUAUUAGAGAAA